AAAGUAUAUGCUGCUUUAUAGCUAGAAAGCACUUGUUGAAUGGGAUCUUCUUUUUAGGAAAACAUUAGGAUUAGGCCUGUUGAAAUUUUGAAAACAAUCAUCUCCACCGAAAAGUGGGGUCUUUCAUAUACACUUAGGAAUGAGGUUCUUAACCAUUUGGAUGCUUUUCCUCCCUCAUUGUACUAUCUCUGCUGUUGUUCACGCCAUCCCAGCUAAUGGUACUUGCCACAACACCUGCGGAACAAUACCAGUGAGGUUCCCCUUUGGUACUGGAUUUGGAUGUGGACACCCAGACUUUGCUAGAUACAUGAGAUGCAACUCUGCAGAGAUACUUGAGUUCUCAACAGCCACUGGAAUCUACACUAUCUCUUCAAUUGAUUAUCCAAGCAGCACAGUAGUGGUCACAGACCCUCUCAUGUCAACUUGCAGUUCAAUGCAGAACUCAGGGAGCUUUGGUUUGGAUCGGGCAAGCCCUUUUACUCUAACAAAUGACAAUAUCUUUGUUUUGCUGGGGUGUUCAACGACUUCUCCUUUGUUCGAUCGAAACCAAGAUUUGUGCGACACUGGAUCUGGUUCUCGAGUUUGUAGAGGGCUAUAUUCUUGCAAGGGAGUGACAGGCAUUGGGUUGCAGCAGAAUGCACCAAUAUCAACAUGUUGUGUUUAUGAGUCACCAAUUCAGCUUGGAACUGGUUACACAUUGGAUGUCCCAAAGCUGCAAUGUUCAUCAUAUACGUCAGUAUAUGGGUUUGGGGGUGAUAGGGGUGAUCCAAUGACAUGGAAAUUUGGCAUCUCCCUGAGUUAUAAUGAUUCUUAUUAUACUGAUGAAUGCAAGGACUGUGAAGCUACUGGGGGUAUGUGUGGGUUUGCUGGUUUGGAUGGGUCUUUUGCUUGCAUUUGCAGAACUGGUGUGAAUACCACCAACAAUUGCUAUGGAUAUGCCUCGAGUGGGACAGGGAUGCCAAAAAUUCAAACCAUAUUGAGCAUUGGAGGUUUUAUGCUCUCAUGGAUUGGUCUCUUCAUCUGAAGCAGAGACAAUGUGUCCUCAUUCAAGCCAUUAUGGGAGGAUUAUGUAGUAGAACGUAAGUUGAUGAGGGAGAACUUACAUUCUUGGAGAAAGCAGUCACACCGAGUUACAAAGUUCUCAAAUCCUUUUUUCUUGAAUAUCUUAGAGUAGUUUCAGACUACUAUGCAUGAUGUUACUUUUGUUUUAAUUCUAUGAUGUACGAUGCGAUUGGGAAAGUAUCUCUUAAUAAUGUGAAUGAUGGCAAAAUUAUCAAAACAUAUUCCUUGAUAGUCGUAUUAAUGUGGUAA